AUGAAGAGGAAGCGGAAGACUCAGCGGGAUGCUCGCGAAGGCAAGCGACAGAAGCUGGUCCACGGCUCAACACAGCCUCCGGCGUGGACUCUGCUCCGGCAAUACUACCCAACUGUGUUGACACUCAGACGAUAUCUGGCCUCACGAUUGCCCAAGAACCGCCGGAAACGCGUGCUACAUUACGGACGUGGCAAUGACAACAAUGCCGAUGCGGAUGUUCAUGUGGUAGGACUCCUGGAUAGUGUUACUGUGGGCACUUUCAACCACAGCCCCAAGAACGAUGAGGACCUGGAGAAAGACAUCACGGUCUUUACACAGCAGGUGUCCGAGUCUUCGGCAACCAUUGGCCCCACGCAAGGUGCCUUGAAGCAGUCCGAAAUCGUUGAUUUCGUUCUCUGGCAACUGUUCCGAAGACACUCUGGCUCACAUGCGCCCUCGCAUAUGCUUUGUCGUGGCUAUCAGAAGUACGCUACAAACUCGACAACCGGCGCGGGCGUAUGCGCCGUCCCUGGAGUGCCGGGUCUCUUCUGCAAUACCGAGCACCAUUACAUUUCAAGAUUGAAAAAACAUCCAUGGUCCACUCUGCCUUCUCUUCUUGGCCGACAUGGCGAACGCAUACUUGCGGACCUUCUGUUCCAUUGUGGAUUGUUCGAGCAAGUUACGGGCGGCAGCAACCUGAAUCAAAUUAGUGGUGUGCCACUCAGCGACCUGAAGCCUUUGCCUCAGCAUAAUUCAGAACCCGAUGGCCAGUCCAUUGUCAUCCUAUCACUACCGGCGGAGGAACGCGUGAAGCAGGCUGCUGUGUCUGUGCGAAAAGUGUCGGACAUUCGCUUUCUCCGCCAUCGCAUGCUAUACGCAAAGCCUGUCGUGUCUGCUCAAGGCCAUGUCCGCUUUGGUUUGGGUCAUGCCCACGCUCUUAACCAGCGUCAAGUGGAUAAUGAGGAUAUUCGAGCAAAGCACAUCUUAAAAUACGUCUUUCCAAAGCAAUUCGGACUGCAUAAUGUCCUUGCUUCGCAAACUGACAUCCAGGACACCUCGCAGCCUUUCAUGGACUACACUGACCGCGAAAAGGAGAUUGCUCGCUUGAUCUGCGACUGGAAGAGAAGGCGAGGACCCGCGGAGGAAUCUGGACCCAACGAGCCGCCGUUACCGAAAAGGCUGCGCGGCGGUGCCGUGCUGCUUGCCAGUCGCCUGCUUAAGCGCCAUUCCAGGAGUGCAUACACUGCAUUGCUUGACCAUUACUGUCCCAGUCCUAUAAAGGAUGACUUCAAUCCGGAAACUAUUACCAAGCACGCCUCCACAUCGGCACAAGUCUCUGCGUUUUGCAGAGCAGUCACAUCGAAGGUCUUUCUGGCAGAGCUCUGGGGGGAUGGUGACGCAAAGCAUCACAAUCGGCAGAUACUACUACGAAGCGUCGACAAGUUUAUCCGUCUGCGACGCUACGAGAGCCUGACGCUGCAUGAUGUACUGCAACGCAUACAGCUCAGCGGCAUUGGAUGGAUGUCUCCCGAACCUGUGAAACAAGACGAAAAGAUGAGCCAGUCAGACUUCACAAAACGCAAGGAGCUCAUGGCCGAGCUGCUGUACUACCUUUUCGACUCCUUCCUCAUCCCGCUGAUACGAGGCCACUUCCACGUGACGGAGUCUGGAGCCCACCGGAACCAGCUGUUCUACUUUCGACACGAUGUUUGGAAGGCGCUGUCAGAUCCGGCUCUUGCUGCUCUCAAGGAAACUAUGUUAGAAGAGAGCAGGACUGCGAAUCUCAAGACGGCGAUGGAGAAGCGUGCGCUCGGCGUAAGCAAAGUCCGCCUGCUGCCGAAGGAGCAUGGCAUGCGUCCGAUCAUCAAUCUGCGGAGGCGUAUGCCACGGAUGAAGAAUGGCCAGUUGGUGCUGGGGAAGAGCAUCAACAGCAUCCUCACUCCCGCGUUCAGUGUCUUGAACUAUGAGAAGGAAGCUAAUGUGGGCAUUCUUGCCUCUGCCAUGUUCUCGGUGGAAGACAUCUAUCCCUGCUUGCAGUCUUUUCGGCAGAAUCUUAGCAGACAAGGUCUUCUGGACAAGCCGCUGUUCUUCGCCAAGGUUGAUGUCAAAGCCUGCUUCGACACCAUCCCACAACAGCGACUGAUGGAAUUGGCGAGGACCAUCCUUGCGCACGAUGAGUAUCGCAUCGCAAAGUACGCCAGAGGCAAGCUGAUCGGCAGCCACAACCAGCAGACGCCCGGCUUCGGAUCCAAACCGUCGUGGCGCUUCCUCACCAGAGCGGGUGCUGGCAAAGACGACUUCGACUUCACCGCUGAGACCAGGGCCGAUACCGAAGAUGGCCGAACACGUUCAGUCUAUGUCGACGGCGUUGUCCAGAAGUCGGAGAGCCGCAAAGCAGUUCUGGACCUGUUAGAAGAACAUAUCCAGUCCAACCUAAUCCAGCUCGGCAACAAGUACUACCGGCAGAAAGAAGGCAUACCGCAAGGCUCGAUCGUCUCCAGUCUGCUGUGCAGUUACUUCUACGCCGAGAUGGAGCGGGAGCUGCUCGGCUUCAUCAAUGAUGGCCGUAGCAUCUUACUGAGAUUGAUCGACGAUUUCCUGGUCAUCAGCACUGAGCGGGGCGUGGCAGAGCGCUUCCUGCGGGUGAUGCAUGCAGGCGUACCAGAGUAUGGCGUUGAAGUGAAGGCGGAGAAGAGCCGGGUCAACUUCGAGGUCGAGAUUGGUGGUCGAGCGGUACCGAGACUGCCUGUUGAGUGUGACUUUCCUUACUGUGGCACUGCUAUCAAUACUGUCACGUUGGACUUGAGCAAAGACAAGGAGAGGCGGAAGAAAAGCAGUGAGUCGCUUCUAUCAUCAGACUGCCUGUGCGAAGCUGACGAGAGAUGUCCAGAUAUCCCUGACUCCAUGAGCGUCGAGUACUCGAAGCUGCCGGGACAGACCUUCUACCGCAAGACGUUGAGGUGGGUUCAGCACUUCCAUGCACUCGGUUGUUCCUUCGCACUGAUCAUCGACCGCAGCGCACUCAAACUCCAGAUGCAGCCCAUGCUGCUCAGCACAUCCUACAACCGCGUCCCGACGGUCCUCUCCAAUCUUCACCACAGCUUCACGGAGGUGGCGCAAAAGUGCUACCACUACAUCCACUCAUUAUCGCAAGCAAAACAGCCACCACCACGGCUGCUCAUCCGUAAGUCGCGGCCUAUUCUGCUUUUGUUUUCCCCGAAGCAAACAUUUGAGGGCGAAAAAUGCAAAACAUUCAGCAGGCGGUAUUCCCGCAAGGUCACCCAUUGCAGUACUAAUCACCCGAUUGGCGUCUUCAGUCCAGGAGAGCGGACGGGAUCCUCUUCAUCUCACCAUCUGUGGCCGAAUGUGAAAGGAAGAGGACGAGGUGGUUUUAAGAAUGCAAGAAACGCUGACCAGAAUGUUUGUAGGGACGGUCGAUGA